AUGAAGGACCCCACAGCAGCAGCAGCAGCAGCAGCAGCAGGAAGGGGUUUGCUGCAGGUCAAGAGGGAACCGCAAGAGGAGCAGCAGCAAGGGCGCCCAUGCGAGCAGCAGCAGCAGCAGCAACAGCAGGAGCCCCCCCAUAAGAAGAGUAAAGCCAGCAGCAACAGCAACAGCAGCAGCAGCAGCAGCAGGGAAACACAAAAGGCAGCAGUAGUAGAGAAGCCACGCAAACGAAAAGUAGCUGCUGCUGCUGCAGGGCCUCCACAGCAGCAAAAGCCCCAAAAGCAUAAACAGCAACAGAAGCAAAAGCUGCAGCAGUAG